AUGUCGUCCAAAGCUCCAUGUGGCGAUCAUCGUUCUACUGAUUGUUCAGGUAAACAUGGUAAAAGUGUUAAUGCUGGAAUUGCUUCAAGUUUUACAAGUGAUCCAUCUUAUCGUGGUUCAUUGGCACCAUCGAAAUUAGAUGCAAUUCAUCAAACAAAUAGUUGGUCGAGUAACGAAACUAUUGUCUUAGAUCCAUUUUAUGUUCGUGCUCGAAUGUAUGAUUCUCAUACAGCUACUGUUCAAUUUGAAAUAGGUCGAGAAACUGAUCAACGAACAUGUGAAAUGUACAAAUUUACAAUUCGUCACAAUCGUGCAGUGACAUAUUCAAUGCCGGAGCAAAAUCUAACUUAUUGGAGAAAUUCACUUGAAUUAAAACAUUUAGCUGCUGGAAAGUAUCAUGUAUGUGCGAUCAUUUGUUCUGAACGGUUACAACAGCAAUUUAAUCGUUCGAAAGGAUACGAUAAUAAGACUCGUGCAGAACCAAUAUCAACUUGUGUUACUUUUCAAGCAUCACGUUCUCAUUUUCUCGUACUGACUUUGUAUAUUCUUGUUUUUAUAUUUCUUGUUUUUUCGCAUGUGACAUAUUCAUUACGUAAACGAAAAAUUCAGGAUCGGAUUAAAAUGUCGUUACUUGAACUUGAAAGUUCUUUACAAAAAUGGCGUGCAAGUCAAGCAGCACAUGUAUCAACUGAUCAAACACAUUCGUAUCAUAUUCUUCAAAGUCUUAUUAAUCUACCAGCAGUACCUAUUGAACAAGCACAAUUAUCACGAUUAGAAUGCGAUGGUCAAAUAGAACAUCCAGUACUUUUUCAUCUAGCAGCUUGCGAUCAACGUCAACCUUCAAUUUAA